CCCUAUGCUGUGUUUCUCUGCUCGUCUUCCUAUUUAAAUUGCCUGUGCCGCUCGUCCUUCGCUUUGUGCUGCUGACUGCCUGACUUUCAGUUAAACGUCAUGUCAGUCGUCCCACAGGAGCUCAGCGACCUCAUCAUCGACUACCUGCACCAUGAUCGCUCUUCGCUCGCCGCUUGCAGCCUCACUUGUCAAAAUUGGGUUGCAUCGGCUCAAAAGCAUCUCUUCGCCGACAUCCUGCUGUAUAAUGCACGUCUAUGCAGCGCAUUCGGCCGGCUCCUCGAGAGCUCUCCACAUCUUGGAUUGCAUGUGCGCGAGCUGAACGUGUCCAAGCUGAGCACAGCGAACAAACCCGAAUUUAUGUUGUUUGAGCGCGUCUUGCCAUCCAUAAUGGCCCGAUUGAGCCAUGUCAAGUGUCUUGGAAUAUCCCUGCUCGCCAUGAACGAUGCCAUCAUCCGCGGUCCACAAAUCUUGUCGUCUGUAACAGAGCUGCACCUGCAGUAUUGCGAGUUCCCCACGUUCCAAGACUUUGUACGCCUUUUCUACGGGAUUCCCCAUGUGCAGAGCCUCACUCUUCGUGGGGUGUCGUGGACAUCCACGUACUUCGACAAACGUUUGCACCCGGUGGUGGCUCCGAAGCUGCAUACGCUGGUACUCGGAAAGGACACCGACAUUGGCACGCUGGUCGAAUUUUUGUUACACGGGUCGCACCAUCGCAGUAUCACAGCCCUGUCGGCGCGCUGCUCGUCACAGGAGGAUGCAGCUGCUGUCGGUGUUUUGCUAGAAAACGUUGGCCCUUCGCUGAUGUACCUUGAGUUGGAUUGGAACCCGUGCAGUUCUGUAGAACAAGCUGUGUUCUUGCCUACUUCAUUAUUCCUCAAUCACUGUACAACGCUCGAGAAGCUGUCCAUGCACUGCGUAAUCCUCAAGGACCGCUACAUCCCUUGGGUCACCUCCGCAUUUUCGCAGCUCAACUCCGUGGUCAACAAGGAGAUUGUGAUGGAGAUCCGUCUCCUUGGCGAUCUAGAUGGGCUCGAUUGGAAAACGCUGGAGGACGAAUUGUCCGGUGCAAGGUUUGGCAAUUUACGGUCGCUCCUGUUGAAGGUCAUCGUUUGGUCUGGUCUGCCGAUGAGUCAGAUGGAAGUUCGAAGUCUGAUUCGCGAGAGAUUGCCCCGAUUAGAGUCUAAAGGCAUCCUCCACUUCUCGUAGGCUAGCAUGUCCUAUAGGGGUAUCAUGGCAUGGUCUGCCUAAUACUGCAGCUCUAUUAUGAAAUUGUUCUACAGUAGCUACUCUUUUGUAAUAUAGAUAAACUAACCACAUGAUAUACCCGUAACAUCAACUUG